AUGGCCGAAAAGUGUGCGUUCCUCAGCACCCAGCCCCCUGAUUUCAACACGAACGACAGCAUUGGGGAGAGUCUUACGGAUGACCCGCGUGUGGAUUGGGAAGGCACUUCUGCCGACAGAGCUUGGCGGACGUUGAAUGAGUACCUGUUGGAGCACGACACUCCUCGCACGGGCUAUGCUUACAGGUCUGCAGUGAUCGACCGCGUGCUGCAAGUUCAUCGCUCGUUCCGCAUUCCCAAAGCGUGGAUUACCUCGUUUUACGAUACACGGAAUCCGGAUGAUCUGAUUCGCGUGUACCUGAAGCAUGAUUUACUCGAGGAAGCUGCUUAUUUCGUCUCCGACUAUGUCAAAUGUCAAGAAAAACUCCUGAGGGCACGGAAGACCGCGGGACGACCCUUGGAUACUGCAAGCCGGCCGAAGUGGUUGCCUUACUUGCUGAUUGAUCAAACGAUA